AAUACUCCGUAGAAUAAUAAAGUACAGACAAUUGACCGAAAGAUCCACCAAAUGUACGGGGCUUGCUGCCCAAUCUCCCGGCGGGCUGGAUCAAACUCCGAGGUCAGGUCACUUGAGUUGAGUGUGUUCAAGAUUUAUACUGGUAGUAUACUAGUAUAGCUCAGAUUCUUUCUCUGAACAUUUUCAGGCCCGUCAUCAACUAUCUGCAUCACAGCCCGGCUUCCGCCCUACAGGGCGGCGCGUGAGCAAUCUUUGCUGCAAUUCAUGUAUAUGUUGUGAGAGAAAUUCAGGCAUUGAUGGGGCAGAAACUGAGCUGCAGAGAAACCCACCAACAUGGGUUCUUCAGUGCAGUCCAGAAUGGAGACCUUGAAACAGUUGAAUCUAUGGUUGUUGAGGACCCAAGAGUUCUGAGCUUCAGCGCUGUUCAUGGAAAGCUCUCCGCAUUGCAUGUGGCUGCUGCCAAUGGGCAGAUCGAGGUUCUGGAUAUGCUUUUAGAUAAGGGUUUGAAUCCAGACAUCUUGAAUCGCCACAAACAGUCCCCAUUGAUGCUAGCUGCUAUUCAUGGAAAAGUUUCAUGUGUGGAAAGGCUAAUCCGUGCUGGAGCAAAUAUUUUAAUUUUUGAUUCACUACAUGGGAGAACUUGUUUGCACUAUGCUGCGUACUAUGGCCACUCAGAUUGUCUGCAAUCUAUCCUCUCUGCCGCCCAAUAUACACAUGUUGCACAAUCCUGGGGAUUUGCAAGGUAUGUAAACACAAGGGAUGGGCGCGGUGCAACCCCUUUGCAUUUAGCUGCACGACACAGGAGGCCAGAAUGUGUUCAUAUUUUACUAAGCAAUGAAGCUCUAGUGUGUGCUUCAACUGGCGGCUACGGAUAUCCGGGAUGCACACCUCUUCAUUUGGCAGCUAGGGCAGGUUCCUUAGAUUGUGUCCGAGAAUUACUUGCUUGGGGUGCAGAUAGGCUUCAACGAGAUGCCUCCGGGAGACUGCCUUAUGUGAUUGCACUUAAGCACAAACACGACACUUGUGCUGCUUUACUGAAUCCUUCAUCUCCCGAGCCAUUGACUUGGCCUUCUCCCCUGAAGUUCAUGACUGAGCUUGAUGCUGAAGCAAAAGGCUUAUUAGAAAAAGCCUUGAUCAAUGCUAACAAAGAAAGAGAGAAGAAACUUUUGAAUGCGACGGGCUAUGCUACUUCGCCCUUGCAUUCUUAUUCGGGCAAUGAGGACUUUGAGGCCAGUGAUUUCGACCUAUGCUGCAUCUGCUUUGAGCAGGCCUGUACUAUAGAGAUGCAAAAAUGUGGGCACCAGAUGUGUGCGCCCUGCACUCUAGCCUUGUGUUGCCACAGCAAACCGAAUCCCACUGGUAAGUGUGACAAAGUUCUCCCAUGCCCCUUUUGUCGGAGCACCGUGACUCAACUAGUGGUUGCCAAGAACAAGACCGAAAACAAAGCAGCAGACGAAUUGAGCCCAUCCAAGUCAAGAAUGUCAUGGACACCUUCCAACUCAGCUGAAGAUGGCAGCAGCAGCAAUAAUACCUUCAAGGUUUUGUCACCCUUAGCCUCAUUCGCAAGGCUUGGUGGUCGCAGUUCGGGUAAGGUCUCUUCUGAUUGCAUUGAAGGCUUCAAUAAGCAGCCAUAACAUCUGAUCUGAAUACUGCAAAGCUCCUCGUGCAAGAGUUCAUACUUGUAUUUGGUCCUAAUGAGGAAAUCCUGGAAGGCUGAUUUCCUCGCGGUUAUCUUCUUAAAUUUAUUUUAAUUUUGAUUUUCCUUCUAUGGAGAUAUGUAUAUUUGAACUGCUUCUAUGGAGGCUUCUGGCUUCCCUACUGGUCUACGUAUUGAAAUUUUUGGGAAAAUGUUGGAAAUUCUGUGAGAUUAAAUGGUU